CCUUCCUAUAUGCUGUAAUGGAAAGUGAUGAUGUUGCAACGUUAUAAAGCGUGUUUUAUGUUCUAAUCAGCGAUCUAAUUUAUAUUUUUCAACAUGCCUACUAAGUGUAAUUUAUGUUCAACCAAAUAUGCUAUCCUGAAACGCCCAAAAACGGGGAACACCUUGUGUAAAGAAUGUUUCUUCAGGGCAUUUGAGGAGGAGGUCCACCACACCAUAAAGUCGGCCAAUCUGUUUAGCCCAGGAGAAUCUGUUGCAGUUGGUGCAUCUGGGGGAAAAGAUUCCACAGUUCUCGCUUACGUCCUGAAGGUUUUGAAUGAGAGAUAUGAUUAUAAGAUCAACUUAAUCCUGCUGUCAGUUGAUGAGGGUAUAACUGGCUACAGGGAUGAUUCUCUUGAGACAGUCAAGAGAAAUCAACAACAGUAUGAUCUGCCCUUGAAGAUUGUUUCAUAUGAGGAGCUGUAUGGUUGGACCAUGGACGCCAUUGUUAAAGAAGUUGGACUGAAAAAUAAUUGUACGUUUUGUGGAGUGUUUCGAAGACAGGCAUUAGACAGGGGAGCAGCACUUCUCAAGGUUGAUAAAAUCACAACUGGUCACAAUGCUGAUGAUAUUGCAGAGACUGUGAUAAUGAAUGUCCUCCGUGGGGAUGUUGCAAGACUAAGGAGGUGUACAUCAAUCCAAACUGGUAGUGAGGGAAUGUUACCGAGGUGUAAGCCUUUCAAAUAUACUUAUGAAAAAGAAAUUGUAAUGUAUGCCUACUUCAAGAAACUUGACUACUUUUCUACAGAAUGUAUUUAUUCACCAAAUGCCUACAGGGGGUAUGCCCGUGCAUUUAUCAAAGAUCUGGAAGCAAUCCGUCCCAGUGCAAUUAUCGACAUCAUCCAUUCUGGAGAAAGUCUUUCCAUCAAAAAGGAGGUGAAGAUGCCAGUACAGGGCCUGUGUACGAGGUGUGGGUACAUCUCCAGCCAGCCGAUCUGUAAAGCUUGCAUGCUUCUAGAGGGACUCAACAAAGGAAUGCCAAGGCUUGGAAUCGGAAAAACUCACAAAGUUAGGAGGCAAGCACGAGAGAAAGAGGCAAAAGAAAAGGCAGAGGGAAAAGCGGGAGCACCAGCCAUAGAUUUUUGAUGAAUCGUUUGAUGGCUGCUGCAGACUUGAGUUCUAUUCUAGUGGACUAUUGUAGUUAAUACAAGCCUGAUUUCUGAGCGAACAUUGACGGUCAUGUUUUACAGGAUGUUCUGGACAUAAGCUUAAGACCGUGUUAGAUUCAGUUGGAGAAAAACGUUUAUUGUUGAUAAGGGACUCGCAUCAAUAUGCUAUGUUGUGGCUCAACUUUUAAUGAGAUGAUGAAGAGUUCAGUGAGUUUUAUUGAAUAAAUGACAUUUUAUUUAUUGAACAA